CUGGGCCCCUUUCUCAGCACCUCGGUCGAUCAAAUUUCACGACCACUUUGAACGAGCAAACCAAAACCCUGCCCUCCCCAAGCGACCAAUUUCACAGGACGGAACAUGGACCAAGUCGCCAACAUCCUGCACCACGUUGUCCGCCACCACGACGCCAUGGACCACAUGGAAGACAGCGCCACGAGCACCAUGGGCACCAUGGCCAAUAUGGCCACCACGGCGGCGGCGACGGCGGCGGCGGCCAUGGAGACCGGCGGUGACGACGACAUGAGCGGUAUGGACAUGGGCGGAGGCGAUGGCAGGCCCUGCAAGAUCUCCAUGCUGAUCAACUACAACACCAUCGACUCGUGCUUCAUCAGCAGCGACUGGCAGAUCAAGUCCAUCGGCAUGUUCGCCGGGUCCUGCAUCGGCAUCGCGCUGCUCGCCAUCUUCCUCGAGAUGCUGCGCCGCGGCGUCAAGGAAUUCGACAAGUAUCUCGCCAGGCAGCAUCUGGCCAAGCACGCCGGUAUCGCGGCGGCCGCGAGGUCCUCGGACGACGGGGCCAAGGACGGUGCUAUCGCGGGCGCGGCUGGGGCUGCUGGUCCCAUUCCGCCCUUCCGUCCGACGUUCUGGCAGCAGGGCAUCCGCGCGAUUCUGCACACGGCUCAGUUCACGGUGGCGUACUUCAUCAUGCUUCUUGCCAUGUAUUACAAUGUCUAUAUUCUUGUCAGCAUCUUCCUUGGUAUCUUGGUCGGAUCGUACAUCUUCCAGUAUGAGACUAUCGAUUUCUCGACACAUUCGAACAGUGGCAACAGAGAGCCGACCGUCUGCUGUGGCUAACGUUGCAUGUGUGCGUUCGAUCGAAAGAAAGUAAAUGAUGAAAGGCCGGUGUAAGCUGAGGAGUUGGUCAAAUCGAGCCUUGCGGUGGCACUUGUACAGAUCC